CUCUUUACCUUCUUUCCCAUUCAUAUCAAAAUUGCCGAAAAGAAAAUUCUCGCUGGAGCUCAUAGCUGAAGCUUCCAUGGGAUUAGUUUCAGUCGUUCCCCAUGGCGGUGCCAUUUGCAUCGCCCUCAAUUUCGAUCUCAGACUUUCCUCUGUUUCGACUACGGUUCAGUCUCCCAGAUGGACCGGACUCCGGUUCACAAAUCCUCGUCUCUCCGUUCUCCAUUCAGUGAGCCAUAACCGGCAGGCAAUAUGUUUCCCGGUUGCUCGCGCCAGGGAAUGGAGCAGGAGGAUCAACUGUCUGAAGAUGAGGAGAAUUCUUAUGCUAAUUCCAAGGAGAAACUUCAGGAAAAUAAAGCUUAUGUAUCAUCUGCUAAAACCGUUGCAUUUUGGGUGUGCUCGGCAGUUACUUUUGGAGUUGGUGUGGGGUUGAAAGAGGGAGUUGGCAAGGCAUCAGAAUUUUUUGCUGGUAUUUUGG